AUGACUUGGGCGGACCUUGAAUUACGCCUACCCAACUAUUACGAGCCUCUUCAAUACUCAGCUCGUGAUAAUAGGAACAAAUUUACAACAGUUGUUCCAAAAUUGAUACAAAAUCAGAAAGACCUUAAGAAAGUACAGGAAAAUAUUCCAUUCCUUGGCAUCAUUGACUGCUCUUUCGACACAAUUUCUGAUCAAACAACAGGAAUUGUUGAAUUAGAAAAUACAAUGUUCAAAAUCUACAAUACUAACUUUUCAAACAUCGAAAAUUGCUAUGGAAUUUAUACAGUAGACUGCAGAGAUUCCAAAAUUAUCAAUUGCAGCUUCACAAACUUCAAUCAAGGCGGUGCUUUGAAUUUUAUCAAAUCUAAUGAGAUUUUCGUUACAAAUUCAAAGUUUUCUGCAAUCACCGGCAAUGAUACAAGAACAAGCGUCGCUAUUUUAGACAAUUGUUACUAUUGUUUCUUCCGAAAUUGUGAUUUUACUAACAACGAUGUUUUUGCAUCAGUUUUUCAAGUAUCGAAAUCAGAAAAAAUCAAAUUCGACUUCUGUAACUUCCGUUUUAACACUCUUACAUGUCCAGGCUGUAUUUUCUUCUAUAACAGCGAAAAUUGCUUAGUACAGAACUCAGAAUUCACGGAUAAUGUUUGCUUUACACAUUCCGCAGCUUUGUUCUCUACAGGAACCUCAAUUACCUUGAAACAUGACUAUUUCGCAAGAAAUCAACUUAAUUUAACGAAAGAAUACAUUCCUGAGGUUACUACUAAGCUAGACUUCUGGCAAGUAGCAGCCACAGUUACAGUUGUCCCAGCUUUCCUCAUAAAAAGCAUAAAAUGUCCACAUAAUUUCAAGAAUUUGUAUUUUGAUCACAAUUAUCCAAUCAAUACCACCAAAUCAUUCAGGUACCUUCUCAACUCGAUCGAUAUGAUAUGUUUUGCCCAAGAAGAACUUGAAUCUCCAGUAGAAUCUGUUAUUAACGUCCAAGGAGUGAUUCAGACGACCAACAAUGCUUCAAUUGACAUAGACUUCAACAGUAUGGUCGAUCAGAAGCAAAUUAUUGGCAAUUUGGAGAAAGUUGAUUACAAUAUUUCAGAAUCGGAAGAAUUUGACGAAAUUGUCGACCAUGCUGCCCAAUCUAACAUGCCAACCAUCAGAUAUAAGACGAGCACCAUUUAUUCGUCACAAACAAUCGCUUACGCCGUUGGAAAAUUAUCGUAUUUCGCAAUUGAACAAUGUGAGUUCUCAAUGUGCACUAUUGGCAUCACACAGCAAUCGUAUGAUAGCAAUGUACUUAUCUUCCUCAAUUUGUCCCACCACGGCUACUUUUCAUUGACAAAUACGAGAUUUUCCGAAAAUUACGCUUAUUCUUCCUUGAUACAGGCUGUAGAUUGCAAAGGAUUCAUUGUUAAUGACUGCAAGUUCAGUUACAACACGGCGAAACACUCUUCUUGCGCUUUAAUUUACAAUUCAGAAAUUGUCAGGAUAAUGAAUUGCAAAUUCGAUCGCAAUGAUGCAUAUGUCCACGGCGCCAUCGCCAUCUACAAUUCCAAGGACGCAGUGGUCAAACAAUGCACAUUUAAGAAGAAUUACGGUUUUUGCGGUUGCAGCAGCUUAAUUUUCAAUAAUACGAACAUGUCCAUUAUAGAUACCAUGUUCACACGUAACAACGUCGAUCACGAGCGUUGGGACCUUAAUUCGAAUCUUUUUCCAAAUUUGGAUGACGAAACCAUCCUCAAACCUCAUGAGAACAUCAGUGGUGUAUACACAGCUAACAAGUUCUCAGUUUCUUUAUCAGGAUACGGAAACAGCCAACUUUAUUUGGAUAACGUCGGAUUUUCCAACUCAGAAAUCGAAAACGACAUGAACAUUACAGAUCUAAAGGUAGAGUCAUUGGAUGUCUACAUAGAAGAGUCCGUAAAAGUCGAAAAAGUUCAAAAUUCGAUCACUGACACUAAAAAGAGGUCAUGCAACAGAAAUAUUGGUAUAAACUGGACAAAUACAAGAGUAACUCUAUCUACAUAUUAUAGAUAUAACGAAUACUACGAGCCAUUCCCUGAAAUUGCAACAGAUUACGAAAUUAUCAAAGAUGGUGAUAGUUACAAACUUAAUGAAGUCAGUUUCUUCACUAUAAUAGACAGUCCAGAGAACGCAGCUAAUGUAUACAGCUGGGUUUACGACGAAAAACCAAAUAUUCCACAGCCAACACCAGCAAUGACUCCUUCUCCGAUAAUUAAAGUGGUCGGCCACGGAAAAACGAUAGGAUUGGCCGUAUUUGGCGGAAUUAUCGGUCUGACUGUAAUAAUUUUAGUUGGAGCCACGAUUUACUUCUGCAAGAGACCUCCAGAGGCCAGAUUGCAUGACGAUCCUAAUGAUCCAAACAAGAAAGAUCGAAAGAAAGCACUUUUGGAAGAAAAAGAAAAUGAUGAAGCAAUAGUUUCUUUAUAA